GGGGCGGACGCGGAGCCGUGGCUAGUCUCGCGCAGCAGUUGUGAGCGCGUGAGGGACCUGUGCUGCGUUGCGUGCUGGGAGGCAGCAGCAGCAGGAGCAGCAGGAGCAGCAGCCGCCUGUGAGGAAAUCAUGAAGCAUUACGAGGUGGAGAUUCUGGAUGCAAAGACUCGGGAGAAGCUGUGUUUCUUGGACAAGGUGGAGCCCCAUGCCACCAUCGCAGAGAUCAAGAACCUUUUCACUAAGAGCCAUCCGCAGUGGUACCCUGCCCGCCAGUCCCUCCGCCUGGACCCCAAGGGCAAGUCCCUGAAGGAUGAGGACGUUCUGCAGAAGCUGCCUGUGGGCACCACAGCCACACUGUACUUCCGGGACCUGGGGGCGCAGAUCAGCUGGGUGACGGUCUUCCUGACAGAGUACGCGGGACCCCUUUUCAUCUACCUGCUCUUCUAUUUCCGGGUGCCCUUCAUCUAUGGCCACAAAUAUGACUUCACGUCCAGCCGGCACACGGUGGUGCACCUCGCCUGCAUCUGCCACUCAUUCCACUAUGUCAAGCGCCUGCUGGAGACGCUCUUCGUACACCGCUUCUCCCAUGGCACCAUGCCCUUGCGCAACAUCUUCAAGAACUGCACCUACUACUGGGGCUUCGCUGCGUGGAUGGCCUAUUACAUCAACCACCCUCUCUACACGCCCCCCACCUAUGGAGCUCAGCAGGUUAAACUGGCACUGGCCAUCUUUGUGAUCUGCCAGCUGGGCAACUUCUCCAUCCACAUGGCCCUGCGGGACCUGCGGCCGGCUGGAUCCAAGACCAGGAAGAUCCCAUACCCCACUAAGAACCCCUUCACGUGGCUCUUCCUACUGGUGUCCUGCCCCAACUACACCUAUGAGGUGGGGUCCUGGAUAGGCUUUGCCAUCAUGACACAGUGUCUCCCAGUGGCCCUCUUCUCUCUGGUGGGCUUCAUCCAAAUGACCAUUUGGGCCAAGGGCAAGCACCGCAGCUACCUGAAGGAGUUCCGAGACUACCCGCCCCUGCGCAUGCCCAUCAUCCCCUUCCUGCUCUGAGUCGCCCACCCCCACCAGCUCCUACAGUCAGGCUCUUGGGAGCCGGGCUCUUGUACCCCACCCUGUGUCCUCCUGGGGGAGGAACGGGGGUACACUGCUGUCCAGCACCUGGAAUAAAAUCUGCCUGCCCAGCUGGAUCCAGA